CGACUAGUUCCUCCUCUGGCCUCAGGGCCACCCUGUGGGAGGGGAGGGGCGCGGGUCCCACCCUCCCCGACAGUCCUCGCUCCGGCAGGUUUGGAAGGAGUCUGAGCGACGGGAGGCUCCCGCCUGCCUCCCCGGGCGUGAAGCAGCUGCCCGUGCCCCACUGAGCCAUCUGCCCCCCGCGACUCUCUCGAGGCGAGUCAGGGCCCCAGGACAGAAAACUUUGACCUCCGAUGCCGUCUUAAAUCUAGUAGAUAAGCCAGAUUCUGUGUUGCCAUAGGUGACCCACAUUUAAGAGGGAAUGCAGCUGGCCUGGAUGUCUGGAACUCUUUAGACACCUGUCUUGGAAUUCUCGGUUGCUGGCCUAAAGACUUGCUGUGGUGGUGUAAGAGCUGGUCAUCAGGACAGGAUAGCCACACAGCAAAAUGUUUGCAAAACUAAAGAAGAAAGUUGCAGAAGAGUCUGCUGUUUCCCAGAGGCCAGGAGGUGCUACUAGGAUCCCACGGUCGGUGAGCAAGGAGUCUGUUGCCUCUAUGGGAGCUGACUCAGGAGAUGACUUUGCUUCCGAUGGAAGCAGUUCCAGAGAAGAUCUUUCGUCUCAGCUUUUGAGAAGGAAUGAACAGAUACGGAAAUUAGAGGCCAGACUUUCUGACUAUGCUGAACAGGUCCGAAACUUGCAGAAGAUAAAAGAGAAGCUUGAAAUUGCAUUAGAAAAACACCAGGAUUCUUCCAUGCGGAAAUUUCAAGAGCAGAAUGAGACAUUCCAAGCCAACAGAGCCAAAAUGGCAGAAGAACAGGCUUUGGCAUUAGCCAGAAAGGACCAGGAAUGGUCACAGAAAGUGGAGCAGCUUGAAAAGGAGAAAAGGUUUCUGACAGCUCAGUUACAGGAAAUGAAGAACCAGAAUUUGAAUCUUUUCCAAAGGAGAGAUGAAAUGGAUGAAUUAGAGGGGUUCCAGCAGCAGGAACUAAGUAAAGUAAAACACAUGCUUUUAAAAAAAGAAGAAAGUCUGGGGAAAAUGGAGCAAGAGUUGGAGGCACGAACCAGAGAACUUAGUCGAACCCAGGAGGAGUUGAUGACCUCCAAUCAGAUGUCGUCAGACUUGAGACAGAAGCUAGAAGAAUUGCAGAGACACUGCUCAACGCUGGAAGAGCAGAGAGAUCUUGUGACAGCUUCAACAACAGGUGCAGAAAAUAAGAUCACAGCCCUGGAGCAAAAGGAACAAGAGCUCCAAGCAUUCAUUCAGCAGCUUUCCAUUGAUUUGCAAAAGGUCACUGCUGAAACUCAAGAGAAAGAAAAACUCAUCACACAUUUGCAGGAGAAAGUCACAUCCUUAGAGAAGAGACUGGAGCAGAAUUUAUCAGGAGAAGAACAUGUGCAGGAACUCCUGAAAGAGAAAACAGUUGCUGAGCAGAAUUUGGAGGAUACCAGACAGCAGCUCUUGGCAGCCAGAAGCAGCCAGGCCAAGGCCAUUGACAUCCUGGAGACGCGGGUGAAAGAACUAGAGCAGAGCCUGCAGGCCUCUGAGGAGAAGCUGAAACAGAGCAGAGACGCUGUGGCCGCUCAGGAAUCUCAGAUUCAGGAGCUUGCCACCGCAAACCAGGAGAGCAGCCGUGCACAGCGGCAGGUGCUGGCUCUGCAGCAGCAGUGCACGGAGCACGUCCACGCUCUGGAGGCCCAGCUUGCUGCCCUCGAGACGGCUCGGGCAGCUGACCAGACGGCUGCAGAGCGUCAGGUGAGGGAUCUGGAACAAGAAAAUGCACUCCUUAAAGAAAGCAAGAAUGAGUGUGAACGUUCUUUACAACAUCACCAACUUGAACUGAAGAAGCUAAAGGAAGAAUGGAGCCAAAGAGAAAUUGUGAGUGUGGCAAUGGCUCAAGCCCUGGAGGAGGUACGGAAGCAGAGGGAAGAGUUUCAGCAACAGGCUGCGAACCUGACGUCCAUAGUAGAUGAGAAGGAGCAGAGUCUGCAGGAAAGCACGGCUGCGAUUCUCCAGAAAGAGCAGGAGAUUCUCCAGCUGAAGAAAGGUCAUGACGCUGCCCUGCUGCAGGCACACCAGCUGCACAGUGAGCUGCAGGCCCUGAGAAACCUAAGGGCAGAGGAAUCCGAAGCAGCCGCGGGGCGGGAGGACCUGCUGAGGCUGCCAGGCCAGGAACAGGGGUUGGCACUCUCAGUCAGCGAGCUCCAGGUAACCUCAAGGUCGAGGGCUGUGCGUGAGCCUGCAUACCAGCUUCCGCCUGCAGAGGGGAUACCAAAUGGUGAGGUGGGGGCCAUGGACCUAGAGCAGCUACAGAAGGAAAAACAGGACUUGGAGCAGCAACUUCUGGAGAGAAAUAAGGCCAUAAAGCAGAUGCAGCAGAGGAUGCUGGAACUCAAAAAGACGCUGCAGAAGGAACUGAAAAUCAGACCUGAUAAUGAGCUUUUCGAAGUCCGGGAGAAGCCUGGCCCUGAGAUGCCAAACAUGGCCCCUUCUGUCACAAAUAACGCUGACCUGCCUGAUGCCCGCGAGAUCAACUUCGAGUACCUUAAACACGUGGUUUUAAAAUUCAUGUCCUGUCGGGAAUCCGAGGCCUUUCAUCUCAUAAAAGCUGUGUCAGUGUUGCUGAACUUUUCACAAGAGGAAGAGAACAUGCUCAAAGAAACCCUGGAGUAUAAGAUGUCAUGGUUUGGAUCCAAGCCAGCUCCCAAAGGCAGCAUCCGGCCAUCCAUCUCCAACCCUCGGAUACCAUGGUCCUAGAUGGAACUACCCAAGGAUGGAGCUCCGUGGGCUGACACUCUUCCUGUGAAAAGAACACUGACACACCAGCCUGGGUGGGUUUUUCAUCACUGUAACUGCAGUAUUUUGUACAAGCGUCUACACAUUGUUUACAAGACCUAAGGGCCACUUCCCUGCAGGCUGAUUAGAAACUCAGGAGGCAGCGGAUCCCGUCAGUCAGUCACAAAUGGGAGGGUCCUGGCACUACCCACAUUUCUAGUGCUGCUAAAAUCCCAGCUCUGGCUAGCACGCUGCACCUGAAUUUCUAACUUUUGUUAGUACUUAAAGCUGAAGCUGCCAGCAUCUGGCAGAGAGGAGGCAACUAAUCCAUCCUGUAGUGACGAUGCUGGACAAAAAGCCCUUUGAAAUGGUGCCCAUAGGCCAGAUUCACCUGCUUCUGUCACCAGCGAACUCAGUGGGGGUGGCUUUUAAAAAGUCCCCUUUCUUGGUAGCAUGAUUGGGUUCAGAUGAGUUAGAAGAGGCUUUUUAACCUUUCGUGCAAAUAUUUUACCUUGUUUCUCAAACUACCUAGAAAUUCAGAUGUGUACAUCUAAAUACUCGAAAGCCAGUGUGGAGCAAUGACUAUGCAACUGACAGUAUCUCAUUUUAUUGAAGAAAACAAGCAAAUGUGUAAGAAGAUCCAAAUACACUCAAUUGCCUUCUUAAUAAAUGUACUUGUCUUGGAUAGGUUGCCGGUAAACCAUUUAAAACUAUUUUUUAUAGCUAAAAUGUCUUCUGUAUUAUAAAAUCCAGGUAGUGAUGUUCUCAAAGGAAAAUUGGAGCAUCGAGAGAUUAUUUCUGAAGUUGGGAUUCCUGCCCCUUUGUAGUUUCACUAGUGUUCUCUGGCGUCUGCUUCCCUCCGAAGCAGUGGUGGCAUUUCAUUUACUUUGCUCUUGAUUCUGGGUUCUAGCACUGAGCAAGUGCUAAUUACUUUUCUACUGUCAAGGACAGUGUGCUGUAUUCAGAGGAGGCAGCAGCUGUCCCUCCCCCCAGCCUUGACCAAAACAUUGGAGGUGGCCUGCCAUCUUUCUUCCUCACCCUACCCCCAUUUAAGAUGACACUACAUUCAUAUAUGGUGUCCAGACAGCCGCCAGCUGGCUACAGGACUUGAUACAUGCAGAUGGCUCUGGUAGUGACUGACAACUUGUAUUGCUAAAGAAAGGGACCAUGCUUGCCUUGCAUAAGCCACAAUAUCAAAUCUGAAGGGAAACUGUUUAUUGAUUUAGUUUGAUGAAAGUUUCACUGGUUAAAUAAAAAACUGAAUUAGUAACUGGAGCGCCUUUAAAAUUUAUUAUCAGUUAUCCUGUUAAGUUCUGUCUCUCAAUUGCGCUUAGGGUUAAAAUCUAUGAAAUAAAUCUCACAGAAAAACAAGGAUUUGCAGUUAACCUGCUACAUUUCCACAGACCUGGAAGUACCAAGCAAGGUAGCAUCACCUUCGUCCCAGCCAGGCUCUCUGCCAGCCAAGUGACCCAUUCACUUACCUACCUCUCCCCUGAAGAUGUCUACCCUGUUUAGAAUGGUAUUUUCCAUUUGCCUGUUGGGGACACAAAACAGGAGUCCCUUCUGUUCUGUAAUUUUGAUGUGGAAGAGGUAGCUUUACCAGCUGUUCCAGGAGAAUCCUGAAAUUCGAGUUGUUCAGGGCUCUCCAGAGGCAGUUACAGCACAGCUGCGGGAGUCCGUCUAACUCCUCUGUGGCCACCCCAGCCCUUGAGCUGGUCCUAACCCCACCCACACUCCCAGCAGGUUUAGGUGUAGAUGUGGGGCCAUCAUGAAGUCUGGACUUUGGUGGAUUCAGUCUGAUUAGGUUUGCCUCCUGCACAUUGAAUUUCCUUCAGCUUUAAGAGGAAGAGUGGAGUAACUAUUCUAAGUGAUUUAAUGCACUUUUACUUGUAUAAACGUUCUGUGAUAGAGACAAUAUAUAUAUAUAUAAAUAAAUAUAUAUAUAUAUGGCCCUUUAUAUGAGCAUUGGAUCUGGCUCUCUCCCAUGUUGUAAAUAGGGAUUAUAUUAUAAGACUGCUGUAGAAAAGUCAUUUGUGGUGCAAUAUACUUUUUGAUUAAAGCUCUUCAAUCGAGAAGCAACUACAGUGG